AUGUCUAUGGUCAGAUUAUCAGAAUUCCCCCCAGAAGUUGUCCUAGAGAUAUACAAGAAUCUGGAGAUUCCCAAAGAUCGAUUGAAUUUUAAUCUUGCUCCAAUUGCUCGGGUGGUCCGUACCCUGGUUGAAAAGCCGUCUCUUGCGGCACGAGUUCGCACUUUACAUCUUUUUGAUUGGAAGAGGUAUAUUGGAUUUGAUUGUCCGGAAUUUGAUAAGGCGCUCAAUGCAUUCAAAGAGGAGUGUGCUAUGAAGAAGGAACAGGAGGUGACCAGCCAGGAGGAGGCCAACGUAGGUGAUGGGAACGAGGAUGUUGGGGAUGAGGAUGGCGAUGUUGGCGAUGACGGCAGUAUCUCCUUGAAAACAUUCGACUAUGGUCCGCUUCGUGAACAGGCAAAGCUUGUGACCCAUUCUGAGGAUGCGACAGACUACUGGAUGGAUGAAAUUACCAUGCGAGAUGCCGAUGGAUGGGUUGCAUUGCUGCUAACUCUUCUACCUAAUCUUCAGCGACUUCAGAUAGAAUUCCCCUGUGGGUCAUUGUGGGUUCGCUGGGUGCUGAAAUGGGCAAUAGCCGGACGUCUCGAUUCUAUUCCGGCUUUCAAGUCACUCUCUGAAGUUUAUGUUGACUGGGACAGAGAAGACGUGCAAGCUUGUUGCAGGAACAUAAUCCCUUUCUUUCUGCUGCCCUCAAUGCGCCGGUUUUAUGCAAGUAAGUUUUUUGGUGAGCUUGCAAUGUUUGACGACAGCUGGCCGAACGAGGAUAAUUUAACUGAGGUUGCUCGGUUUUCUCCUGUUACACAUAUUGAGAUUGAUGAGAGGGAUGAGCAAUGGGGCAUGUGCAAGGUGGUGGGUAUUUGCAAGAACCUCCAAUCCUUCAAAUACAAUCACAGUGGUUGCGCCGGUUUUGAUCCAAGUGGUUUUUAUAAGGAGCUUUUCCCAUUCAAAGAGACACUUGAGACGAUAUGGCUUGAUAUUAAGGAAAGCUCUCGUGAAAACUGCACGGAGGACUCACAUAAUUGCAACAAUCCAUUCCUUUCCUUCAAGGAUUUUACAUCUUUAAGAACGCUCCAUCUCCGAAUGGAGAACUUGCCAGGGCUGAACACCCAAUCUGGAGAUAAUCAUGCUAGCAUGUCAUUUGCUGAAGCCCUUCCAUCCUCACUUGAGACUUUACAAAUCGCCGAUGUUGGAAGCAUGGUUAAUCUUCAGGUACUUGUCCAGGAAUUACAGGAUCAUGUUGAAUAUGGCAUGGAUUCUACACCAGCAUUGAAAGAGAUCGCCAUUGAACCUUUGCGGCAUUUACCGCAAAUGCCAGAAUUGCUUGUGAAACUGAACAGGGCCUGCACAAAGGUAAAUAUCAAUUUCCAUAUGUGUAUUUUUCAUGAUGGAAGGGUCCAGUGGGGUGCUGAAGGAUUCGCACCGCGGUUUUUGUGA